AGGUGGUGGUUGGGCCAGCCGCUCUUGCUGCUUACGUUUUUGUCGUAGAAACCUAACGAGGAUCGCUCUCAGUUCGAAAGCUCAGAAGCAUCUGGAUUAGUUAUAACGCCCAGUCACCUCAAAGAGCUACUUUUAAAGAUGAGCAGUACGGGUGAUUAGGUAGUACCACGCGUCUGGGAACCGCGUGCCUAAGGACCACAAGAUAAUGGUGCUUAUUACGGAAGAGCUGGUGCGCAAGCGGGCUGAGCACAAUGAAAAGGAGAUCUUCAGCCUGGAGGAGCUGUCGCUGCAUCAGUGUGACGUGGAACGGAUCCAGCAUCUGGACCGGUGGUGUCGACGUCUGCGCAUUCUCUACCUGCAGUCUAACCUUAUUGCCAAGAUAGAGAACGUUGGUCGGCUGAAGCAGCUGGAGUACCUGAACCUGGCCCUCAACAGCGUGGAGCGCGUCGAGAACCUGGAGGGCUGCGAGAGCCUGACCAAGCUGGACCUGACGCUCAACUUCAUCGGAGAGAUUACGUCUCUGGCCAGCCUCCGACACAACGCUGCCCUACGCGAACUAUUCCUCACGGGCAACCCGUGCGCCGACUACGAGGGCUACCGCGCCUGGGUGGCCGUCGCCCUGCCGCAGCUGGAGGUGCUGGACGGCACGCGGAUCGAGCACUCGGAGCGGAUCCGGGCGCGCCAGGCGUUCGCCCGCAUCCAGGACGACAUCGUCCAACAGCAGAGGCGCUACCUAGAGAAAAGGAAGCAACAAAAAGAAGCUGUACGGGCAACGAAAGAUGCUUCAAAUUUGAAAGAUCUUAGUGAAGAAGAGCGAAAAAAGUUUUGGGCCGAGCGGACGCCGUACACGCCCGAGUCGCGGCUGGAGCUGCACCGCCACCUGGAGGCGUCGCGCGCCGCUCCGCCGCGGGACGAACGGCCCGCCUGGGAGGCGCCGGCCCGCCAGAGCCGCCUGUUCACCGACGACGGCCGGCCGCUCAACGUCAACAGUGCCGGCCUCAGCUUCUGGCUGGAGGAUGACGAGCCGGCCCACCAGCUGCGGCUCCACCUGGACGUGUUCAGACACAUGGAUACGUCUCUGCUGGAGGUGGACGUACAGCCGACGUACGUGUGCGUGCGGGUGCGGCAGCAGCCGUUCCAGCUGGUGCUGUCCGAGGAGGUGAAGCCGGACAGCAGUACUGUGCAGCGCUCCCAGGUCACCGGGCAGCUGCUGGUGACGAUGCCGAAGUUCGCGGAGCGGCCCGCUCUGGGGGGUCCGGCGGCCUGGCCCACCUGCGGCUCGGGCCACCGAAGCCUGAAGCGAUCUGCUGAGGCAGCUGGCCAUCUGCCUGCUCUCAAGCAUCUCUUUCAUAGGCAGCCCAAGUCAGCGGGCGUCCUUCAGAUGGGCACUGGCGGCUACAUCUUCCCGUACUCGCAAACGCACACGGAGACCGCCUGCGACAUCGCCGGGGACACGGUCAUCCACCCAUUCGCCUUCCGCACGCACAUGCACGCGCUAGGUACACGCGAGCCGCGCCGCUGGCCGUCCGGCUGCUGGGCUGAGUACACUGCUCUCCAGUCAGCUAUCACUCUCGGCAGCCGGCCAGGACUGAGUACACUGCUCUCCAGCGAGGUGGUGUCCGGCUGGUGUGUCCGCUGCGCCGGCAGCCAGUACCAGUGGACGUUGAUUGGCAAGAUGAAGCUGCAGCUACCGCAGAUGUUCUGCCCGGCGCUGGACAACGUCACGCUGAGCUUCGGUGAUGUCGCCGCCAGGUGUACCAUGAGCAGCCACCGCGCCCGCGUCACCAAAGUCGGGGCGACGGCGCGGGACGAGAUGUGCAACUUAUAUAUGAUGUACUGGACGGAGGGCACGCCACUGACGCGCAGCAGCUGCUCCAGCUGGGAGCCACCCUUCUCCUACUGGCACCGGCUGCCAAUGGGGCUACUGCGGCUCUUCUCCUACCCGCGGCUCUCGCAGAUCCCCAACGAGAAGAGCGUCUCGACCAUCGACGGCGAGGAGCUCCGCUCCUUCCUGUUCGGCCGCAUGCGCAACGACCAGCCGUUUGGCUGCCGGGUGUUCGAUGCAGGCGAAUUACAUAACUGGAGCAGCGUCCACUUCGAGGCUAUCUCAGUAGCAUUUUGGAACAUCGGUGCCUCUUAG